CGGCGUGCUAUGAGGCUGCAGUGUUGUAACAGCGCUACGUGAUCCAACAAGACGAAAUGCUGUCACAAAUGGAACACAAUCAAAAAACGUGGGCGGGGAGGUGAAACAAUAUAAAGGUGGAGAAAAAAGGAACACCAGUCGAACCAGUGCUCUUCUCGCCAGAGCCAUCGUCGCCGUUUUGCUUUCAGUUCACGUUUACAGCCGCAGCGCGUUCAGCAAACGCGAGAAGCCGUUUGCGUUGGACGCUCAAAGUUUCCGAUUCCCCGUCGGCGCGACGCGUCUCUGCGCGCGCAUCGCGUUCGCGCUGACGCCGAAAAAUAAACGCACGGCGCCCACGAGGGAGCGAGCCGGCCGUUAUUACCGCAGGAUGUCAUUACAGGUGGGAUGCACGCGUCAAGCGCGUGAACACCUCGGCCCGAAGACGGUGUGUCAUCAUGACCUCAGGGGGGCCGCGUAUUUGUGAAUGAGCGCCGGGCGGCUUCUGUGCGAUCGGCGGUAAUAAGCAUGCGGUUGAUGUGAUUAUGUGGGGAGAGGUUCAGGGCUAGGUGUGCAGGAAACUCCUCUGGUGGAAUGUUGUUCUGGCUGCUAUGAUUCAGGUCUGGCUGUUUGAGCGUGCACGCACGCACGCGCACGCACACACACACACAUGCAGGAGGAUAGCGUUUCCUAUCCAGAAUGAUAGGAGGGAGGGAGAGAAGGAGAAUGGGAGGUGUGUUGGGGGUUUGGGCAGUCAGAUUCUGGUUUGGUGAGUUUCAGGAGCAGGCGCUGUGUGUGUGUGUGUGUGUGUGUGUGUGUGUACACCACACACAGAUCGAAAGAGAGCGAGACGGACGCCGAGAACGACGGAAGGAGGCUUUCCCGAAAGCAGCGGAGGGAACUUGUUGCGAGGAGGCGUUCGAGGUGUUCAGACGACGGCCAGCGAGGCUCCAUCAGCGGAGCUGCUCCCCUUGACAUCAUGCAGCGCUGAUUUGAAUGACGUGUCCUUGUGAUCCGUAAGGCAGGACGCGCCCGGACAGCGAGCGAGAGGCCGGAGAGAACCUGGCAGACGGCACACGGGAGGAGCGGAGGAAGACGGGAGGAUGAAAAAGUGACAGGCGGCAGAAGAGCUCACACACCACAGCGACGCGUCCCCUCAUCCCACAGACAGGCCGGGAGAGGCUCCUGCUGCUGCAAGCUGCCAGCGCCUUGGGUCAAUGGACGGAGAGAGCGGCUCGUAGACGAGUGUGAAUCUGCAAAGUGACUCCCAACAGCAACGCGCACGCUGCAGCUCCUUGGGCCUCUCAUCCAUAUCCACAUUUGGGAUACAGGACCCACAUCUAAUUGGAUGGUUUUGUCAGAAUGACAGCCGAAGAUCCUGCUUCCUCCUCGAACAUGAGUAACAACGCUGCCCCCUCCAAACCCUCCACCGGUGCCUCCCUCCACUCCCACCAUGGACAGAUCAGCAUCCCUGAGGGUGUUGCUGGGGCUCCUAACGAGGCUGCUCUCGUGGCCCUAAUGGAGCGCACUGGCUACGGCAUGGUCCAGGAAAAUGGCCAACGUAAAUACGGCCCUCCUCCCGGCUGGAAUGCGCCAUCUCCCCCGCGAGGAUGCGAAAUCUUUGUGGGCAAAAUCCCAAGGGACGUUUAUGAGGACGAGCUUGUGCCAGUGUUUGAGUCCGUAGGACGCAUCUACGAGAUGCGGCUGAUGAUGGACUUCGACGGGAAGAACCGGGGGUACGCGUUUGUGAUGUACACAGAGAAACACGAGGCCAAACGUGCCGUGCGGGAGCUCAACAACUUUGAAGUGCGACCCGGGCGGCUGCUGGGGGUCUGCUCCUCUGUGGACAACUGCCGUCUUUUCAUUGGCGGCAUCCCCAAGACCAAGAAGCGCGAGGAGAUCCUGGAGGAGGUUUCCAAGGUGACGGAGGGCGUACUGGACGUGAUCGUUUACGCCAGUGCCGCCGACAAGAUGAAGAACCGCGGAUUUGCCUUCGUAGAGUACGAGUCGCAUCGCGCGGCCGCCAUGGCUCGCAGGAAGCUGAUGCCUGGGCGCAUUCAGCUGUGGGGCCACCAGAUCGCGGUGGACUGGGCGGAACCGGAAAUCGACGUGGACGAAGACGUAAUGGAGACGGUGAAGAUCCUUUACGUCAGAAAUCUGAUGAUGGAGACCAGCGAGGAGACGAUUAGACAGGUGUUCAGCCAGUGGAACCCUGGGUGCGUUGAACGUGUGAAGAAAAUCCGCGACUACGCUUUCGUCCACUUCACCUCCCGAGACGACGCCGUUAUGGCCAUGGACCACCUGAACGGCACAGAGGUGGAAGGCUCCUGCAUCGAGGUGACGCUCGCUAAGCCAGUCGACAAGGAGCAGUACUCACGUCAGAAGGCUUCCAAGGGGGGAGUUCCUGCCACCCCAGAGGCCACUCAGCAGAACUACGUAUACCAGUGCGAUCCCUACACAUUGGCUUACUAUGGUUACCCAUACAACACCCUCAUUGGACCCAACAGGGACUACUUCGUCAAAGGAUCCUCAAUGAUACAGAACAAUGCAGGUACUGUGCGAGGUCGUGGUCGUGCCGCGGCAGGUAACCGUACCCCUGGGCCGAGGGGGUCGUACCUGGGCGGUUACUCUGCCGGUCGUGGCAUCUACAGCCGCUACCACGAGGGCAAGACCAAGCAGCCUGAAAAGUCGUAUGAGCUGAUGCCCAGUCUGGAACUCGCUGCCUCUGUCAACCCAGUUGGCAUCAAACCUGGCACAAUGGCGUUGCCGACCCUGGGUGGGCAGUACCCGAUGUUCAGUGCGGCUCCUGCCGCCAAGCUGAUGGAGGAGGGGAAGGUGCACACGGUGGAGCACCUUAUCAACCCUCUAGCCAUGCAACACACUGACCACACGAGCGCUACUGCUGCUGCUGCUGCUGCUGCUGCCGCCACCGUCCUGCCGACGGUGUCCACACCUCCUCCUUACCAGGGCCGCCCCAUCACUCCUGUCUACGCCAUGGCCCACAACGUGCAGCGCAUUCCAGCCGCCGCCGGCCUGUACGGCGCCGGCUACGUCCCCAUCACAAACUACGCCGCCAACACGGCGGCCCUGGCGGCUCUGCAGAAGAACGCGGCGGUGGCCGCGGCGUACGGGGGCUACACUGGCUACGCCGUGCCGCAGGCCUUCCCCGCCACCGCCUUCCAGCUGCCCAUCCACGACGUCUACCAGACGUACUGACCGGCAGGCGGCCGUAAACAAUGACAAAGCUGUCCUGCCUGUGACUGAACAACCACCGCAACGUCUCAACAGCGUCUGUACCACCGCAGCAAAGCGAACCAGCCAAGUCCAAACGCCUUGAAGGAAUGCGGGUUUCAAGCAAAUAAUUCAAAAAUGACAACUCCAACAGCUGGCCUCAAUUAAUCCUACAGCCGCACAAUUUGGUUUAUUAUGAAUAUUCCACCUCAACCAGAUGACAGUCCAGUUACCUACCUGAAUGUGGUGACAAUCACUCCCCCAAACAAUAAUCGCGCCUCCCACAUUCACAACAGGGCUCUGUCCCUUUCUGUCCUUGCAGAACAGAAAGGCUGAAGGUACAUACAGGUAUUUAUGAAGAGAAUAAGCAUAUUUUAAGGUUUGUUAUCUCUGCAGGUCUCUUUUUAUUUUAGGGUGUUUGUUGUUUGAAGCAGGGAAGUGCAUCCAUUACACUAUGUCCAUAACUAGAGGAAGAAGGCGUCAGCUACUGACACAUGGGGAUGCCACUAGAGACAGCUGUCAACGGCUGUGCUAAUGUUGUUCUAGUAUUGUCCAUUAAUAUUCUAGCCCUCCCAACGUGUUGUGAUGCCGUCCGUCCGUGCUGGUUGAAUGUGCAGGCUUCAGGCACACCUUUUUGGUACUUUAUUUGGUUUAUUUAGUUUCAUUUGUGUUUUUGGUUGUUUUUUUUUUUUUAAUGAAGGUCCGAAGUUCUUUGCCUUUUUUGCUUCUAAUUACCUUUCUUGUUUUUAAGUUUUUGCUUUAAAUGUCGGCAACUUACAGUUUAUCUCAGUUUUGCUUGUUGAAAGUUGCCAACUAAAAAAUAUUGUUGUGCUACAGAAAGAAAAGUGGAAGCAUCAGUAGCAGGUGCCGUGGUUUAUAUAGAAAUAUAUCUGAUAGACACCCACAAUAUGUACAUGGAGACGUUGCCUUUCUCUGAAACUGUGCUGAAGAUGGGAAUAAGACUGAACAGAUAUAAGUUGUUUAAGUUUAAGUUUUCUUUUAUUCCUUUUUUUGUUUAUGGAUGUCUGGAUUCUGUUUUUGGACUGUUUGUCUUUUGAAAAGUGAACAAACAUGGGCAGGAAUGACGCUUCUUUCUGGAAGGAUAGGUCUUCUCUGACACUUAAAGUGCUCCUGAAUUUGCUAGUGCUAACCAAAACCUUAAAGCUCCGUACACUCCAGUGCCCUGACAUUAGAAAGAUUCUCACUAUAGUGCCUUACAAUUACAUGAAUGUGCUACUCUUUACUUGCCCGUGCCUUUUAAAAUAAGCGAUGUAAUCCCAUGUGUUUGGCACAAAGAGGAAAAGGCCUCUGUCUGUGCAUAGCGCCGGAGUCUUCAGCUCUUUGGUGCUGUGGUGAGACGAGUAGCCUUCAGUAUUUGCCAUCAGAUGUGACGAGACUACCUCUGUUCUGGGGUCUCUUCUCUGAAUGCUCCUGCAGUAACACUCCGUAUGUCUGUCUUCUCUUUAUAUCUCAUUGUCCAGACUUCGCUCGACCGAGGUGCACUUAAACGUAUUUAUAAAUGGCGAGAUAUUGCCACACAAAAAUGAAGAGAUACUAAAUACUGAGCAUGAAUUCACGUGUGAACUUGAUGGCGGUUUUUCGUGGAUAAAACAUGAAGCAUGAAAUAACCCCGUUGAAUGUUUAGUGGGCACUUUAAAAACUCUGCAGUGUCUGGAAAACAAGGGUGAUGUUGAACCAGGAAUAACAGCAGCAUUACCUCACACAUAAAUACACAAAUAGCCAUGUAUGCAUGUGCUACCGCAUACACACAUUAUAGGCACAAACAGCUGCUAAACAUAAGACCAAACAGACCGUUUUUGCAAACUGUAAACCAGGUUAGCAGUUUUAAAGUAACAUUCCAAUUUCUAGCGUUUUCUGCAUUUGAGAAUAUUUAAUUUACCCAUUUUUCAUCAACUAAUUAAUCCAUUUUACACACAAAACUAUGUGACGAGUUUGACGUUGAGAGUGGCCUGGAUUUUGAUGAGAAGACAAAGUCUCAUCUCACUGCAUCAUCUCCUUUCUUACUUAAAACUGGAUUUAGAAAACUGCUGUUCUCGUAUAUAAUAAUGACAUUAAUACAGGAUAUAUUUAAUAUAUGCAUUACAUUGUUGUGUAUGGAGUAAGAAGAUAAAGGUAUAAUAUAUUCUAAAGCAUAUUUCUUUUAGGGACAAUAAUAAAGUCAGUGUAACAAAAGUAGAUACAGAAACUUUUAUUUGCCAAAGUGUCCAAUAGUUUUAAAACAUUCAAAGUUAUUGUGUUUUGUUAUAUGUAAUAUUAUGUUUGUUAUAAUAACUGGAUAGUGUUGGGUGGGAGCCCACUAAUCACUGUCACCUGCAUGACAGCCUGCACUUGCUGCUGCAUUUGAACAUUUUCAACAAACUGGCAGAUGGCAGACGGUUUUAUAGACCAGUAGCACAUCAAGGUGUCGAUGUCAAAUCUGACUCUGCGUGUCAGCUUUGUGUAACCUGUUAAAGGUCUGCUGCUUCAGACAGGAGUAACUGUGGCCUUCUGGCUCCGCGUCCCACUCAGAACACCUGCUUUACUUUCUCUUGCCUGCAUUUCCCCCACAGGGAACAGGAGGACAAGCUCCUGCUUCUCCCUGUGCCAACAACGUGGAGGUACAUAAGCCUAGUUUAAUAUAGGUGUUACCAUUUAUAUUCUUUCUAGUGUGUGCCUUAUUGCCAAUUGUGCUUUUCUAUAUUGUAGGCCUAUACAGACUAUUUUCUAUCUCAAGUUUGUUUAAAAAGUAACUCUUUUAUGGCAUUGUUAUAUUUAUAGUGGUAAAGUAGAUAAAUAAAGCAUUUUCAAAAGAA